CCAGCACAGCAACAAAAGAGGAUGCGGAGCUGCGCGCGGGAGCCGAAUCCCGUUAAAAUGCAUGUGUUUUGCUUUACGAGACCUAACACAUAACCAUGUAACAUUUGUCCGUAUUUAUAUGGAUAAAUGAAGUGGCGCAGGAUUCGUUGUAGGAAGCGGGGGGAGAGAGAGAAUGUACUGGGUCGCUGGUUUUGCCUCCUCCCGCUCGUUCGUGGUUGAUCUUGGCCGGAAUCAGAGCCCGUCCCUCGGGUUGUGUUGCUCUGAUGAGCGUCACUUAUUUCAUGGAUACAUAGUAGCCAUCCCUGUGCAGGAUUUCGGCGGGAUCAUGUCGGGUCUGGUAUCGGAUUCCUGGUGGAGGAAGACGCUUUACAUCACCGGAGGUGCCCUGCUGGCUGCGGCUGCGUAUCUGCUGCACGAGCUGCUCUCCAUCAGGAAAGAACAACAGUUGGAUUCUAAAGAUGCCAUCAUCCUUCACCAGUUCUCCAGGCCAAAAAACGGGGUGCCAAGCCUUUCACCUUUCUGCCUGAAAAUGGAGACCUAUCUGCGCAUGGUUGAUCUCCCCUAUCAAAAUUACUUCGAUGGAAGCCUCUCUUCCCAGGGCAAGAUGCCUUGGAUCGAGUAUAAUUACAAGCAGGUGUGCGGGACUGAAUUUAUAAUUGACUUUCUGGAGGAGAAACUUGGUGUGAGCCUAAACAAGAGUCUAAGCGCUCAGGAGCAGGCGGUAGCGCAGGCCAUCACCACCAUGGUGGAGGAACACUUGUACUGGACCAUUGCUUACUGUCAGUGGGUGGAUAAUGUUCAAGAGACUCAAAGGAUGCUGGACUUUCCCGGGCCCCUCAGUGACCUGCUGAAAUGGAUCCUGUGUCAGCUGACUGGUGGCAUUGUAAAGCGAGAGAUGUACUGUCACGGCAUCGGCUGCUUCACUAAGGAGGAAGUUUACACCCUCAUGGAGAAGGACAUGCGCACACUGGCCACACUGCUAGGGGAUAAGAAGUACAUCAUGGGUCCCAAGCUGUCCAGUGUGGAUGCCACGGUGUUCGGUCACCUUGCACAAGCCAUGUGGACACUGCCUGGCACACGGCCCGAGCAGCUCAUUAAAGGAGAACUGAUCAACCUCGCCAUGUACUGUGAGCGCAUACGGAGGAAGUUCUGGCCCGAGUGGUUUGUGGACUUGGAGGACUUUUGUUACGACAGCGACAAUGAUGCUAGCAGCGGGACACCUACCUGCUUGCUGGACCUUGGUCUCUUUUCCAGGACAGACACUUUAGAGGGAAGUGAUCUAAGCCUCCGGUCACACAGUAAUACACACUCGCAAGACUCGGACCACUCCGCACGCUCGCUCUCAGACUCUGACAUUGAAGCAGAUGGCUCGGAUGUGGAGCAGCAGGUCACGGGUAAAAUCUAAUAGAGGUUGCUUUUUAUCUGGUGUAAGAGAGCUUUUUGGGAUGCAUUGUGGCUCCAGAACUCUUAUUGACAUUUUUUGCCUGGAUAAAUCACACUUUGAUUAACCUAAAUAAAAAAAACUAAACGUGUCAGUCAUGGACAUGUACACAUCAAGAUUUACACCACAGAAGUUGGACACAUGUUAAAGAUCCUUCAUUCUCAUCAUUGUAAAAAAAAUUGUCUCCAUCCUUUUCAGAACUGUUUGUUUGUUUCAUUAUGGUUUCUAAUUAGCUUUCAUUUCAAGGAAACAAAUAUUUCAUGGUUUUACAGACCACUUCCCAGACAGCAAGCAGUUUUCGGCCCAGAAUUGGCCCACAUCUGGUCCGCAUGGAUUUCACGUGGGCCAGAUGUGAGCCAGAUCUGGGCCGAAACUGCUUGCUGUCUGGGUUUUGAUGUCUCUUUUCUCUCUUACUUGAAUCAAAAAUUUGCUCCAGAACAGAAUCAUGUACCAAAAUACUAGCCUGCAUGAUUCUAGGAUGUUUGUGCAAAGUUGAUAAUUUAACGUUUUGUGCCAGCUGAAGAGAAAUCUGUGUGAACUCCUUCCUCCUGUUCAAACCUAAUCAUUCCGGAUCCCAGAUCAGCCAAAGUAAAUAAAAUAGAAUUGAUGGAGAUGGAUAAAAGGAUUUAUAAAGCGUUUAAUCCCGAUUCCGCAUAAAAUAAGAAAAUUAGAAUCCAAUCUCCACAAAUAUUUCGGCUAAUUCAAUAGAACCAAAUCCCGUUUUAUUUGUUAGGGCUCCAGUGUGUGUCAUCAGUGUCAGACUCUUGAUCAGUCUGAAUGGUGCUUAAUGCCUGUGUGCCUGACUGCAACCAUUUGUACAUGUGUGACGGUCUUUUCUCUUCAUCCCUGUGUCUCUCUCGGUUGGAUUCUGUAAUACAGACCGGUUUGUGUGUCCCCAGCAGAGGGCACUGUGACCAUUCACAUGUCGAGUGGCUCCUAUUGCCGUUGCAAGAGUCUCUUCAAGCUUCUGCCUUAAAAGAACGUUUUAAAUAUUAAUGACAACAGUGAACCUCUAGCGAACUCUAAACGGACAUAUUUUGUGGUGUAGGAGUCUGAUUAUACUUUUUGUGUGCGUGUACCUAAAGUGUAGUGCAUUGGAGCAGAUUUGUCUUAGUUGAGGGAAGAUUGUUGCGAUCAACAGCCGCAUGAUUUUACCCUCUUUUUGAUAAAUUUACUUGAAACCCAAGCCUGUACUAAAUUAAUUUAUUUAAAUCCCUAAUAAUAAUCUUUUAUGCUGAAUUCUGUUGUUUACUUUCCAUGUUGUUUUGCACAUUUUAGAUUAUUGAAAGAUUUUGGACAAUGUAAAGAUAUGUAUUGAAACAUUAGAGGACUUAAAACAGGGUCCAUACAAUCAGUGAGGUAUAUUAUGUGUGUGUAUGAUAUACAGUAGUUACCUGCAUGUGUGUUUGUUUGUGCGUCUAUAUGUGUGAGCUAGUGUAAAGUUCACCAGAGGAAAUCUAUCAAAUAUUUAUCCCCUGUAUAGAAUCAAGGUUGAAGUUAAAUACACAUAAACCCAGUCUCUUAUGAAUUUUGUGUUAAUGAUAAUUAAUUUGACACUUAUUUUUGGGCAUAAACUAAUAAAAAAUAUUUUUCAGUGACUUGAGAUGCUCAGCUAAAAAUAGUCUUUUCGAUUCAUUAUAAAUAACAGCUGAAGCAAAAUUCACAUUAAAAAAACAUGCAUAAUUUUACCCUAUGCUGUAUGUUUAUUAAUAGACUUUUAGAAAUGUGUCGGUGUGUUCGGAACAUAGCUGGAUUAUGUUCUCAUAAGAUGUCAGUUUUGCUAUAGAUCUUUAAGCCAUAUUAGAGAAUUAAUUUCCUGUUUGUGGA